GUAUUUCAUGCAGAACGGGUUUACCCUCUACAUAGUGAAAAGUUGUAAAAGUUUACAAAUCGGAAAAUAUAUUACAUUUGGAUUUAAAUAUGUGUUUAUGAGUAUCAUUACUUAGAAUAACUUUUCGAAUAAAUUUUGUUGUUGUGUGUCUUAUUUUAUUUAUUUCUGGUGUGUCACUUGAAAAACAGAAGUGUUGAAAAUAUGCGUUUGGAUUUACCUACACUAUCGGACACGGAGUUAUGUGUAUGAUUUGUGUAUUGCUGCUUGUCAAUUAGUGGGUUCGCUUUUGUGGAUUCGUAAAAAUGACAAUUUCAAGAUACAAAUGUCAAAGAAAAUAGAUGUGUCUCAUAGAAUGACCCAUCUGGUUGAAGCGGGGUUUCUACUGGUAGUGUUCCUGUCGACUUUUAAUGCAGAGUUGAUCAUUACAAGACCGCCUAGAAACGACACCGUCCUUGAGAACACCAGCUUCCUAAUGCACUGUGAAGCAGCUGGACGACCGAACCUGCGAAUUAAGUGGUUUCAUAACGAAAAAGAGAUGGCAUCAACUGGGGUAAACUACCGGAUCCGCCCCACAGGGGCGCUGAGGUUUCGGGAGGUCAAGGUCUCUGAUAGGGGAACUUAUCGCUGUAAAGUGGAGGCAGGAAGAGAGAGCUUGUAUUCUGAUUAUGCUGUGCUUGUUGUGCAAGCCGAGGUGCAGAUCAUUUAUGUAUGGCCGCGAACAGGGAAACUUGUCAUAGCGUACAACAACAAUGUCAGACUGAGUUGCAAAGCUGCGGGAAUACCCAGGCCCAAAAUUCUGUGGCGGAAAAAUGGCAUCUCGAUAAUUGAUCCUGAAAAUCACAAAGUGAAAAUAGAGGAAAGUUGGGAAAAAUACGACAUGGUACUGGAAUCACACCUGCUUGCCGAGAACCUGACAGAAAGCAGCAAUUUCGAAUGCGAAGCCGUUAACAAUCAUAUUGGAGGUGAUUCUGUCGAAACAAAACACUUCAAUGUGAUAGUUACACCCAAUAAUGGUGAGCUCCUGUUUGUAUUUUGA